UAUUCAAAGGAGCGAAAAUUAAGGCGUCAUUUUAUUUUGUUAUUCAUUAGUAUUUUGACAGUGGUCGUUAUAAAAAAAAAAAAAGAAAGAAAAAAAGAUGAAGUCAGACGUGGAAGAGUUAAUGCCAAGACUGCUUCCGGUGGACUGUGGAGAAAAUACCGAGGAAGUGGACCUUAGUGGACCACCAAGGAACCCCCAAGAAUAUCUCCGACAAGUCCAGCUGGAGGCAUCUCUGUGUCCAGAUGUGGUGGUCGCUCAGAUCGACCCAAAGAAACUGAAGAAGAAGCAAACAGUCAAUGUGUCGGUAGCAGGGUGCCUCGCAGCUCCUGCAGGCUUCUCCCCCAGCCUCAGCUGGCAGCAGCGCCAAGUCAGUAGGUUUUCGGACGUCAGGCAGAGCAUCACUAAGAACAGGACACACUGGAGCAAUCACACCCUGGACGACAACGUGCAGCUGCCAAAGCUGACCGACGAAGAGGGCUGGAAGCGGUUUUGUUUAGGAGAGAAGACUUACCCGGAUCCUUCGGCAUCCGGCCUCACAGAUACAGACCAAGAGCCAGCACUGGACUACAGCAAGGUGGGCUUUCCUCCAUUGCUAAGCAUCGUCAGCCGAUUCAAUCAGUCCACAGUGCUGAUGCUGCUGGACACCCUCAUCGGUUGGUUUGAAGAGAGAGAAUUUGUUCCACAGCUGGGCCGUUGGUUGUACGCUCUUCUGGCCUGCUUGGAGAAGCCCCUGCUGCCAGAAGCCCACUCCUCCAUCCGGCAGCUGGCCAGGAGAUGUGCCCAGGUCCGCAGCACAAUGAACAGCCAGUGGGACGACAACCUGCCUGCCCUCAACCUGCUUAUCUGUCUUGUUGCAAGAUAUUUUGAACAGGUUGAUCUCGCAGACCAGCCGGAGUGAGCAGGAAACUGAACUGUUUACUGACUGAUAUCAGCACAUUGGGAAAUAUUUUGCUCUCAAGGUCACACAUGGAAGUGGAUAAGAAGAGUUUUCACAAAAAUAUCCCACCAGAGUCCACAACAAAGCCGAGAACAACCCUGCAGGGGCGUGACCGCUAGAAGAUAUUUCUAAGAAAGUUGGUCACAUGACCAGAUGUCGCCAACAGACGAAGUUGCAUAAAAGAUUAUGUAUAUUUUUUUGUCUGUAUUAUCCUGGGUAAAAUAAAAGAUUUCUAAGAUAA